AGAUCGUAUUCCGAGUUUGACUAUAGAGUAGAGUAGUCGUCCGUGAUGGUGUGAUAUGUUGUACUGUCUUUAACGCGUUGCAUCUUUAUUAUUUAUUUUUCCUGUGCUUUGUGUGUGGAUUACUAAAAACAUUGUUCAAUUACACAAUAUUAUUAUUUAUUUAAAUAAUAUAAUUUUAUAAUUUAAUCACUAACAGACUUAUUUAGUUAUUAAAUUAAAUUCCCUCGUGUUAAUAACAAGUAAACAAGUAUAAGUAUGUAUAUAUAAAAUACAAUUUAAUUUUAAAAACCAAGAACAAGUUAUCUUACCUCAUAUAUCGAAAACGAGAAAUAGAAACAUCGAGACCGUGAUUUGUGUUUGUUUACUAGCCUAGUAAAAUUAGUUAUUUAUUAAUUAAUUAUUAUUGCAGAAGGAGUUUAAAAAUAUUUGCAUUUUUUAGUGCGGGCAGUUUUUAAAUUUACUGGUUAUUAGAAGUUUAAAUAAUUUCUCAUUUUUUUUUUUACUUAAAUAUUUACAUGUAAGUAAAAGCUUUGUGCAGUAUAACCUAAAGACGCGAACAAAAGGAUUCAUCAGUAACCAUGUUUUCGGAUGUUUGAUAUUUAAAUAUUAUAUAUUUUCAUUUAUCUCGUUGUAGGAAGAUCAUUAGACCAUCAGACGAAAUAAAUACAACAAGAAAUCACCAUGUGGUCGUCGCAGGGUAAUGUCAAUAGCUCGUAUAAUAACUCAGCAACAAGUACAGCAGCAACUACAACGACGACGUCGCCAAAUUCACGAUCACUUGGAAUGACCUCGGCAAUUAGUGUGGCUGAACCAAAGCCUAGUGACUUAGCGAGAACUAAUGAGUUGAGAGAAGCACUUAAGCCUUACAAUGUAUUUGAAUCUGAGGAAGAAUUGAACCAUCGAAUGGAAAUUCUUAGUAAAUUAAAUGCGCUAGUAAAACAGUGGAUCAAGGAAACGAGUGUUGCGAGAAACAUGCCUUCAAAUAUUGCUGAGAAUGUUGGCGGUAAAAUUUAUACAUUUGGGUCUUACAGACUGGGAGUCCAUCAUAAAGGUGCUGAUAUUGAUGCAUUGUGUGUUGUACCUCGUCAUAUUUAUAGAUCAGAUUAUUUUACAUCAUUUUUUGAUUUACUUAAGCAACAAAAGGAAGUCACUGACUUGAGAGCCGUCGAGGAAGCUUUCGUACCGGUUAUCAAAAUGAACUUUGAUGGUAUUGAAAUUGAUAUGUUGUUUGCUAAGUUGGCGCUCAAAGAAAUACCUGACACGAUGGAUUUAAGAGACGAUAUGUUACUGAAAAAUCUAGAUCAGAAAUGCGUGAGAAGUCUCAACGGUUGUCGAGUUACAGAUGAAAUUCUACGACUAGUUCCUAAUAUAGAAAACUUUAGAUUAGCGCUUCGCGCUAUUAAAUUAUGGGCGAAACGACACGGAAUUUACAGUAAUGUGCUAGGAUAUCUUGGUGGUGUAUCUUGGGCGAUGCUGGUUGCGAGAACGUGUCAAUUAUACCCAAAUGCAGUAGCAGCAACACUUAUUGAAAAGUUUUUCCUUGUAUUUUCCCGAUGGAAGUGGCCACAGCCAGUAUUGCUAAAGCAACCUGACAACGUCAAUUUGGGUUUCCCAGUAUGGGAUCCAAGGGUCAAUGUAGCAGAUCGGUAUCACUUGAUGCCCAUCAUAACUCCUGCGUAUCCUCAGCAAAACUCAACGUUCAAUGUCUCCGCGUCGACAAGAACGAUAAUGCAGGAAGCGUUUGAAUCCGGUCUCUCAGCGACCGAGGAAAUAAUAAUGGGCAAAGCAUCAUGGGACAAAUUAUUCGAACCACCAAAUUUCUUUUGCAAAUACAAACACUACAUUGUACUGCUGGCAAGAAGCGCCAGCGCAGAAGAUCAGCUCGAGUGGUGCGGACUCGUUGAAUCUAAAAUACGUCACUUGAUAGGUACAUUAGAGAGGAAUCAACACAUUACGCUGGCACACGUCAACCCAGAGGGAUUUUCGCCUUUGAGUAAUGAAGAAAAUCGUUUCUGUUCAAUGUGGUUUAUUGGCCUACUCUUCGCAAAGAGUGAAAAUUUAAACGUCGAUCUCACAUAUGACAUCAAAUCAUUUGUUGACUCGAUUGAGAAACAAGCCGAGCAGCUGACUAUGUUAAAAGCGGGUAUGUGGAUAGAAGCUAAACACGUCAAGCGAAAGGAUCUACACAAUUAUGUUACGCCAAAACUAUUAAAACGUGAAAGGAAGGCAUUGUCGCAGAUAUCCGGUGCAAGGAAUGGCAACGUAAGUGGAAAUGUCGGCACAACAUCACCAAGAAAUCAAGAAGUUGCUAAAAAACGUCGCUCGGAUCCUACCACCGACUUGGAUGGGAAAAAACGACGAGUUGUUGACGGCGAGCAGCCGAUGUCUCAAGGUGAUGAUAGCAGCUCACUCGUAGUAGAGGGUUGUGAUGACAGUAAUUCAGGGUUCAGUUUGGACGAGUACAAACAGAGUUUAACAACUGGAAAGGAUGAAACAUCAAACUCGGGGUCAACAACGUCAACAUCUUCAGCGGCAACUGCUGCGGCAACAAAACCACCGGUUGUCCAAGAAGUGUGCACUUGACCACGUGACUCCCGCAUUCCCACAGACCGCCGACAAUCUACGGAUUCUCGCCCAGGUUAUUUAGACUAUAAACCAUCACUUUCAAGCCACUGUCCACUGCCCACUUUAUAAACUCCCGAAAAAGAAAAAAAAGAAAGAAAAAAUUAAGAUAAAUAAUUUGGUAAUACGUUUAAAAAAUAGAUCAAAGUCUUUUUUUAAACGUACGUUAAUUAGAUUGUCGAUUGUUCAUCGACCGACAUUUUAUCAACCUGGUAAGUUGUAAUGUGACAAGUCGGUGCAACAGUCGAUUAUAUGAUCGCGACAUUGGAGACAUCCAUCAAUAUGAAUGUGUCCAAUUAAUAUUUGAAUCUAUGUAUAAAUACAUAUAUAUUUUUUUUUCUUUUUAUUUUAUUUAAAAGUCAGCAGACAUUUUUUUUUUCUUUUUUUACUCAUUAAUAUACUUCCAAAUAUCUUAAGUAUGGAAGUACUUAUAUUUUAUUUAAGUUAACAGAGACGUAAUUUACUACAACAAAUCGUGCAGUUGAAGACUAAAAUAUAAAAAAAAAGUAUAUCAACUAUAAAUAUUUGAAUUAUUUAUAAUUAUUUUUUUUAUAAUUCUUUUGUAGUCAUUUCCAAAGUAAUCAUUUAAUUCCUGUAGAUAAUUUUACUUUUAAAAAUAACAUUUUUCAUCUCACAUUACACUUUUUUUUUUUAAAA